CUCUCUCAUUCGCUCUCUCGCUCUCUCUUUUUUUUUUUUUUUCUUGUUUCCUUUUCAUUUGAAAAGCCAGAUUCCGGCCACUGUUAAAUUUUUUUUAUUUAACUUUUUUUUUUGUUUUUUUACUUUUUUUAAACUUUUUUACUCUUCGCCAUUUUUUCCGCCUGUUAUUACCCUAAUAACUCUUUUUUUUAAAAAUAAAAAAUAAAAUAAGGGGUUAUUUUUUUAAUUUUUUAAUAUUUAUAAUUUUAUUCCGUCUUUUAGUUAUAGUAGUUUUUCUUUUCUGACGUGGCAUGUACCAUAAAAGGCGGAAUCAUGAAUACCAAAACGAUGCGUUUACCGCCCCGUCGGGUUUCCAUGCCCAACAACAAACGAAAAGAGAGAGACGAUUUUGACAUCAAACGGUUAAACCCUCCACCACUCACAAAGUUACCCAAGCCGGCUGUUUCCUUAGCCGGCUCCGAAAAAGCCGCUUCCCAGCCGGGUCUCUCCAACCAGCUCCUGGCUGGAUACCUGGCCCACGAGUUCCUCACUCACGGGACGCUGUUCGGCCAAACGUGGGACCUGGCUCGACCGCAACAAACUUCGGCCGAAUCCAGAAAGCGAAUCGGAGAAGACUCGGCUCCGAACCAGAGAUCCGACGCCGAGCCGAAGCCAAGGGAGGAGAAGCGUCAAAGGUACGUCGAAGUGGCGAGUUUGCUGAAGACAGAUGGGGCCCACAUACCGGGCAUCGCCAACCCGACCCAACUCGCCCGUUUCUUACAGAUGUGAACUGUUUCCUUACACGUGGAGACACCUCAUUGGCCACAGUUUUCUUUUAAUUUUUCGCUGUAUUUUAUUUUAUUUUCUCCAUAUUUCAACUGAAGUUGUCUCUGUGGAGUACGUAGCCAUAGCUCAAUAGUUUAGUUGGUUUUUUUUGUUUUUGCUUUUUAAAUUUGAAUGUAUGCAUGAGAGAUGCAUGCAUUCAUGCAUGUACAUCUGAUGUUGUUAGUGUAUGAUCUGAAUGAAUAAUGCGCAAUGAAUUUCCGAAUUUUUUUUUUC